AUGCUCUAUCCUGGCCAGCACUAUCACCACGCAACUCAAACCGGGGGCUACUUCGUCUUGUCCUACUUGUUGUCAAUAGUCACCCCCAUAUUCUUCGUCGCCUGGUCCCUACACUGUUUUAUAGCCGCGAUUUUAAUAACAGGCUUUUGCUCCCAGAGCAUGAUCUGCCGUGUUGCCACUGCGCUCUGGCUUGUUAUGUAUGUCGUCAAUAUUGGAACGAUACUGAUGCAAUCCGUGUGGAAGUAUGCGACAUCACGCUAGAGUAAUUGGUAUAUGUAUGCAAUCUGUGGCUUUCAGUUAUACCAAUCUUUCGAGAGCACCUCACGCCGUAUGAAAUCAUAUCAGUGUGAAAGCUCAUGGAAAAUUUCUCUUACCCACGUUUUUCGCAAAGCAAGCGACAUAAAUUAUUGUGAUUAUUGCAUGAAGCAAACCUGACCUUCACUGGUGACCACCACUU